AUGGGGAAAGUUACCAAACAUAGCAACAAUAAAGACAAAGGAAAAGCACGCAGCUUUUCUACCCUUCGAUUCUCUGCUACCAAAGGCUUUAUUUCGAAUCAAGCUACAAUCACACAAGCCUUCAAGCGAGUAGCUAAAUUCAAUGCAGCAGCAACAAGUAUUGAUCCUUCAAGCAGCUCAAAUCAGGGCGAGUCAUCAACAUCUGAAAGCCAAGAAGAGCUCUCUGUCCCUGAAGAGGCUGGAUUAGAAGAGGGUGAAGAGAACUGCGAGGCUGAAGACAAUGAUACUGUCCAAGAUCUCCCUCUCAACACUCAGCACAGAGACUUUUUCGAGUCUCUUUGUGCCCGCUUGCAUGAGGACGGACGUCCUGUUGAAUACGACAGGAAUACUUUUUGGGUGGAGCCAGUUAAUCCCUAUUUUGCACUGCUGAAGAAGUUACCGGCGAAAGAGGAACCCAAUAAAAGCCUAUAUCAACCUCGAGUAUUUCUGUGGCUACCUCAUCACUUGCUUCCACACAGGUCCAAGUCUUUAGAAUGCCCCAAGUGUAAAUCUCCAUUGAAAAGCAAAGGUUUCAACAAGGAUCCGCAUGCUAGAAGAAUCGUUGAUCUUGCAAGUUGUUUCUAUCUGUUGUCAUGCAGAUACGAAUGUACAGUGACUGGAUGCAAAAAGCCUGGAUUUGAAGACUCAUGGCAAUCUCACGACCCCAUCAUUAUGCGACAAUUGCCACAGGAGCUUCAGAUGGAAUUCCCUGCCGUUUUGACUAGCAAAGGAGGUGUUUCCAAAACUGUCGCAAAUCUCCUUCGUCCGUGCAUGCAAAACUCAAUGGGUCCUCAGAGAUUCCAAAAGUUACUCCGAGAAUUGCAUGUUCUUCGUCAUGAUCAGCUGGAACUCCAGUACUUACUGUCAUGUUUGGCUAAAAAGAAAGGACUCCUCCGAAACUAUUCGUUCCUCCCUUACUCGAAUUUUGAAGACCCUCACCAGUAUGCUGGUUAUGUACCAAGUGCCACUUAUUUCAGGACUUUGUACACAGCAAUGAUCGAGGAACUCAAGCCAAAGAUGGACAAACAUGCCAUGCUUCUUGACGGCAAGGUGCUUAAGUGCGAUCACUCUUUCAAAUUCCCGAAACAUAUCGCUAAAAUUGAGGAUGCUGGUGUAUUCACUGCCUUGUUCACCGUGACGAAUGAGUAUGAGGAGAUCGUACAUCAGGUUCUGGUCCCCUCAAAGUCCCUUAUCUAUCUGAAGCAUUCAUUGCAAAAAAUGAAAGAAGCAUACGAACUUUAUGGACAUGAGAUGCCGGUAGCUUUCUUCACUGAUAAUGUGCAAAGCGAUAAACGAUUCUUGGAGAGCAUCUUCGACUCUUUGAAGGUCAUUCAAGAGGUCCCACGUCAGCAAGAGACUGCAAACAGCAACGCAAACCGGUUAUUCCUCAGGCUGCCAAAUGAUGUUGAGGUAGACUAUCUCAAUCGUGAUGUAGGGUUGAUUAUUAGGAAGAUGAAGGAUCUGAAUGACAAGUUGACAGUCGAGAGAAACGCUGGCAAGCCCUCGGUUAUUGGACUUGACACAGAAUGGAAUGUGAAUGACGAUCCGCAUUACGAUCAAGUUGAUGUCAUUCAGAUUGCUCAUGGCAAUACAGUGGACGUCCUGCAUAUUGAUAGAUCCUGGCUCGCACUUCCCAAGGAGCUUGUAGAUGUGCUUGUAAAUGCUGAUAUCACGAAAGUUGGAAGAAGCAUUGGUGUUGAUUUCUCUCGUCUCAAUAAUCGGUUCGGAAUUGAAUGCAAAACGAAGUUGGAGCUAGGAUCAUUCUGUUCUGCACGGCAGCUAAUCUCAACAGGUACAAUGUCAUUGUCAGACAUUUCGCUAUGUAUACUUGGUGCCCCUCUUGAUAAAGGCCCUCAAAGAAGCGCAUGGAAUAUGGCUGACCUCUCGCCAGAUCUUCUAAAUUAUGCUGCAAUUGAUGCUUGGGCUAGUUUGGCCAUCUACAGUGUUGCUGCGAAUCAUCUGCCUGUUGGUAAUCGUGUGCUUCCUACCUGUCCAGUUGGUUCGUUUGUAGAUGUGAUGCCUCCACGAAACAGUCAAGCUGUUGCCUACGGCGAAAUCGUGGUUAAUGGUAGCACAGCAACUGUAAGAAUUACAAAAGUAUAUGUUCCUGGAUAUCUGGCAAAUGGUAUUGCUUUGCAAACAUAUGGUGAACCACCAUUUGAACUGAGAGUUCCUGCAGCUCAUCUCAUCACAGCUGCUUCACCAUCUGAAGCCUCGAGUAUUUCCUCUGCUAAUCCUACCGCCCCUAGCGAUCCUGUAAUAGCUACGCCAGUAAGCAAUCCCAAUGCUAUUAUGGAGUCAGAAAUUCAGUCAAAGAUGCAAGAGAUUUUUGGUGAUGCUAUAGACAGGGUUGACAAGGCUGGCUUUACCAGUGGCUAUCGACAGUUUGCUUGGUAUAAUGCUGAUCCCAAAAUUGCUUUUACUCGCGUCGUCAAAGACAUUUUUCAUUUGAUGGAUAUGAUCAAGCCUUAUAAGAGACACACCUUGUAUAAGCAAUUCACUAGAAAAUUUAGUGAAAGCUUAUUUACGAUUGAUGAGACUGACAAAGAAAAGGUCAUCGCGGCAUUUGCACAGAAAAGACUUAGGGAUCCAAGCUUUACACACACCUGGGAUUCGAAGAUGAAAUACGAUCGUGCGUGGUUGUGGAGAAGAGUACGAAGAAAGGUGUCUGCUCCUGAAGUGUUGCUUCCUCUUUUAAAAUCCUUGUUUCUUUCUUACGGCCCUCUGAAGUGCGCAAAAUCUGGAAGAGCACUGUUUGAUAAAAAAUCUUGGGAUCAAGCAGCUGCUGUCUUGAGAACAGUGCAGUUAGGCCAUGUGUCUGAUCCGCCAGAUGUACAAUUGUACAUUAAGACAGGAAAAUUGGACGAUCUCAAGCUGACACUCUAUAGAUGCAUCCGUGGAACAAACUCUUUAGAAGGCGGAGUCCAUCAGAACUUGAUUCGCAAGUUUGGGUCGUUUGGUGCUGGUCCAGAGCUGGCUAAUGCGAUGCUUACUGAAUACAGGCUGAGACAUAAUCUCGACGUGGGUUCAAAGAACAGGCAUUCAGUCAUUUACAAAAGCCAUUAUGAUCCCUGGCUAGUUCAGCAUAUUGAUCUCUUGCGUCAAAAAAUGGGAUUCAGUGCUGACACAAGAAACAUCGCUUUGUCUGUGAAUGCUUUGGAAUAUUGCGGUUCUGGUGAGCUCUUUGGUAUAUGCCCUUUACCAAAUGAAGAGAUGGUCAAAAUUGGUAUCUUGCCCUCUGAGAUCACGGAUGAGAGCUUGCCUCUUAUAGACAAAACAAUUCCACAGCUCCAAGACACUGUCUUCAUGAAAGUUGGGUCAACUUUGCGCUCACAUCUUGGCCGUUACAAGUUUGUUGCAAACAAUCAAUGUACAAAGUUUGCCGUGCUCGCUGUCCAUACGAUGAAGGAGAAAUCCGAAUUCAGGGUCAUUUAUGAAACUCACUACAAGAAUAGCAACAAUAGAAGGAUAAAUUUUGUUGAUUUUGCCAGCAAGUUCAAUGAAAAGGCCAACGGUAUUGAUAUAUUCUAUAAAACCACGGAUCAUCUCGAGAAGUAUUAUAAAGAUUUCGAAUUACAAGACGGAGUAUCCAAAACAGAGGAGAUUCAUCAAAUAGCUUUGAGACUCAUUGAGCAUCAAGUCGUCUCCACUAAUCAGCCUUCUCAACUACUGCCAGCAGCAUCACCAAGAAUACCAUCCAUCAACAAUAUUUUUGCUGUCGUUUCUGCUGCCACAAUUGAUGCACAAAUACCGCCGCCAUCUGUUUCAUCGCAACUGCUUCAACCGCAACCACAACAGCCACACCUACAGCACAAUGUCCUCCCUGCUGGCUACUAUUUCCAGCCAUCAUUGCCUGUUCCUAGCCACAGACUACAAGAUGUCUUGCCCGUUCCUGAUCACAGGCCCCAAACUGCCUUGCUGGUCCCAACACACAGGUUCAUCUCACCUCGACUGCAGAUGUGCCAUCCACAUCCCUACCAGAAAGCACCAGUAAUAACAAAAAGGGUUACAGCAAGAAAGUGUAAAGGUUGUGGAAGUGAAGUCUGCAAUGGUAAAAACAAACGAACAGACUGUAGUAGUCCAAGAUGUUUGAAAUGUGCUGCGACAUCUGGCUGUCCAGGUAUCUGGGAUGCCAAAAAUUGCAACAGGUGA